AACCACACCAAAAUCCCAUUCCCUCAAAGCAAAAAACCUUCAAUAAUCUCCAUUAAUCCCAACAGUUAAAAGAAACGAACAAAAAAACAAAAAGAAAAUGUCCCUAGCUAUGACUUCAUUCUUCUGCCCUCCAACAAAGAUUUCUUCAAAAAGAUUAAGCCCACAAACAAACAUCUCAUUUUCCCCUAACAUUCAUGACAAGAAUCUGAAAUAUUCACAAAGGAAAGAGAGUGGGAAAGCUGAUGUUCUUUACAAUGGCUACUCCUACUUCACUUCUCCUUGUCACCCUCUUGAAUUGGAGCUCCCUAAACAUGAUCAAUUCGGUUUCGAUGUUUCCGAGGAUUAUAAUGAAGGGAUAGGCAUUGUUAAAUUCUUCGCCGGAAAGAACAUUUUCCUCACCGGCGCAACUGGUCUAGUCGGGAAAGUGAUUUUGGAGAAGAUGUUAAGAUCAACUGGAGUGGGAAAAAUCUAUUUAUUAAUCAAGGCUGAAGAUGAAGAGGCUGCGUUUGAUAGAAUCACCAAAGAAAUAAUAGAUUCGGAAUUGUUCAAGGGUCUUCGAGAGAUGCAAGGGACAUCCUUGGAGGCAUUUGUAAGAUCGACUCUAAUACCAGUUGUUGGGAAUAUCUGCGAGCCGAAUCUUGGGAUGAAUUCGAACUCCAUUAACAUGAUCAGGAAAGAUGUAGAUGUUAUAAUAGGAUCAGCAGCUAGCGCGACUUUGAACGAGAGGUAUGACUUGUUACUCGAUGCAAAUGUGAUUGCGCCUCAACGACUAAUGAGGUUCGCCAAGACAUGCAAGAAUCUCAAGCUCUUUACACACAUUUCAACUGCCUUUGUAAAUGGAAGAAAAGAAGGAAUAAUACUCGAAGAGCCGGUGAUGAUGGGAGAGAAUAAACGCAAAGACAGCAGCGAUAACCUUUCUUCGAUCCCUCGACUAGAUGUAUCCGAUGAGAUACUCAUGGCUUUUAAAUCAUCCGACGCUUCCACAGAUUACGACACAACUAAAUAUUUGAGAAAACUUGGCCAAGAGAGAGCCGACUUGUUUGGAUGGCACAAUCCUUAUCAUAUGACUAAAGCUAUGGGGGAAAUGGUCCUCGAUGAAAUCCGAGAAGAUAUACCGUUGCUCAUCAUUAGGCCAAGUGUCAUCGAGAGUGUCUACAAAGAUCCGUCCCCCGGAUGGAUACAAGGAAAUAGGAUGUACGAUCCGGUGAUGAUUUCCUAUGGAAAAGGGCAGCUUCCAGCCUUUCUUGCAGAUCCUCAAGUGGCUAUGGAUAUUAUCCCGGUGGAUAUUGUGGCGAAUGCAACCAUCGCGGCUAUAGCGAAGCAUGGAGCUGUAAAUAAGCCACAACUGAAUGUCUAUCAUGUGUCGUCUAGUGCGCUAAAUCCCGUGACUUAUUCAGACUUCUUCGAAUAUCUCUACGAGUACUUUAGCGCAACACCUUUAGCUGAGGAUGUAACUGUUGAUAGAAUAAAAUUCUUUGACAAUUUCAAAGACUUCUCUGAGUACACACGAGAGGAAAUAUCCCGAAAGAGUGAGCAAAAGAUAAGUCGAAUCAAAGCAAAGGCUGCCUACGCCGAGAAAGUGUGCAAAAUGUAUGAAUUUGCAGGGUUCUUCCCGGCAAGGUUUCACACAGAGAACACUCGAAAGUUAUUGCAAGAAAUGUCCGAAGAGGAGCAACUCGACUUUGAAGUCGAUGUUAUGAAAAUAGAUUGGAGAAAAUAUUUUCAAGAAAUUCACAUCCCUGGAUUGAGGAAGCAUGUCAUCAAUGGCAAUAAAAUGUCUAGCUAGGGGCCUUGACAAAAAUUGAAACAAAAUUAAUUUGGUAAGAUUGAUGUGUAUACAUAAUUUGCUAUAUGUGUUAUUGUUCCAAAUUGUAUAGUGUUGGUAUAGGGUCGAUUGAGUUUGUAUUCCUUGUUCGAGCUUGACUCAAACAUGCUCCUAUUGGGCUUGGGCUAAAAGAGUAAUUGAAAUUCGAAUACAAAAUAUUUUAUUUUA